GCCAACAAGGUUAUACAUAUCAGAUUCUUCACAACACUCCAUUAGAAAUGGAGCCUCUUGACUUUGAACCACAUCCACCUGACUCUCACUUAACCUUCACCUCGCCUUACAAGCAACCGUGAUGCCCAGCGACGCUCAUGUAUUCAAGAUAAUCCCCACCAUCCAGCAGUACGACUGGGGCAAGCGGGGUAAUGAUGCCAAAGUCGCCCAGCUCGCCGCAGCGUCCAAGAUUCCUGGAUUCGAGGUAGAGAAGGAUAAACCUUAUGCAGAGUUGUGGAUGGGAACCCAUCCUUCCUCCCCUUCGAAGGUCAAAGAGACCGGGGAAGUCCUAUCUGACUACCUCGCCCGGAACCAACACCUCGUAGGCUUGCCUAUCACCUCCAAGUUCGAGGAUGCGGGUCGAGGGAACCUGCCCUUCUUGUUCAAGAUCUUGUCGAUCGCGAAGGCUCUGAGCAUCCAGUCUCAUCCCGACAAAGAAACAGCGAAGAAACUUCAUGAACAGUCCCCUCAGAUCUACAAAGAUCCAAACCAUAAACCCGAAAUGACGCUGGCGUUGACCGACUUCGAGGCCAUGUGUGGAUUCAGACCACUCCCCGACAUCGCUCGCAACCUCAAGGAGACCCCCGAACUCGCCGCCCUCAUCCCACCAUCCACCCUCGAAUCUUUCUACGCCGUCUCCUCAAAGCCCCACUCCGACGAAAGCAAAGCGAUCCUCAAGGACCUCUUCUCCUCCUUGAUGACCACACCCGCCGAGAAGUUCGUACCGGCCAUCCAAACUAUCGUCUCCCGCUACAACAGUUCGCCCGAUUCGUCGCCUACACCCGCCACACUUCGCUCCCUCGUCCUCCGACUGAGCCAGCAGUUCCCAGACGACAUCGGCAUUCUCUGCCCGUACAUCCUCAACCAUCUUUACCUCAAACCCGGACAAGCGAUCUUCUUGGGAGCAGGAGAGCCGCAUGCGUACGUCUAUGGGGAGGCGCUCGAGUGCAUGGCCAACUCGGACAACGUUAUUCGUGCUGGUCUUACCCCCAAGCUCAGAGACGUACCCAAUCUCGUUGCGGGCCUCACGUAUGAAUGUGGCGAGGUCAGCAGGCAUGAGAUCCAACCGGCGACUUUCGAGAAGGACAAGGCGAGCGUGUUGUACGAUCCUCCUAUCGAAGAAUUCUCAGUGGUCAAGGUGGAGUUGAAGAAGGGCGAUGAAGAGAAACAGAGGGCUGUGGAUGGACCAAGUAUCGCGAUUGUCACGAGCGGAGGAGGGAAGUUUGAGUGGAGCGAGGACAAGGGUGAUCAGAAAUCUUUGGAGGUGUCCCAUGGCGAUGUCGUUUUCAUCGGUGCGGCAACACCUGUGGCUUUCUCUGCGACUGGCGAAGACGGACUUACCCUCUAUCGAGCAUUGGUGGAGGCUUGAACAUGAAGGGAAGUGGUAUGAAGAUAACCAAAUGUAAUAGUACAUUGUUAGAAAUACACCCAGGAAUCAGUCGCUUUUGGAGUUAU